GUUUCCUGAAAUGAAGGUUUGGAAUCACUUAUGUUGUACCUUCAUUGGUGAUAAUUAUUCAUGGCUCAUUAAUCAUGUCAAAGUUGUUCAAAAUUUAGGAUUUAAUUUGUAAUGUUGCCCAUACAUCCCUCAUAUGGAGUGGAAGACAUAGCGACGCUUGAAUAAGCGUAUAAAUACCAACAUUUUAGGCUGAUUUAAAGAACUGAAAAUGUAAACAAAUGAUAAUAAAUGAGACUCUAAAGGAAGAGAAGACAAUUUCUACCUGAUUUUCAUUAAUUUAAUUGUAACUUUUUGGUGACUUUAAUCAUGAGAUGUCGCUGUUUCUCCUACCGUUGUUUUGACGGGUUCCUCUGAAGUUUGUCCCUCUGUGGAGGCCGUAGUUGGAUACAAACAUGGCGGCGGACAGCGACAGCGAGGAGGACUUUGUGAGUUUCGGGACUCCGCUGGAGCCUCUGGAAGAAGACGAGCCCCUGAAGAAGCCGGUGCCGCUGCACGAGCAGACGGUGAAGGACGAGAGGGGGCGGUACCAGCGGUUCCACGGGGCCUUCACUGGAGGCUUCUCAGCCGGAUACUUCAACACGGUGGGAUCCAAGGAAGGCUGGGCCCCAUCAACCUUUGUGUCAUCACGGCAACAGAAAGCUGAAAAGCACCAUGCCAGACCUGAGGAUUUCAUGGAUGAGGAGGUAAACGGCAAACUGGGGACAGACUAGAGACAUACUGGGGACAGAUUGGGCACAGACUAGAGACAGACUAGAGACAU